AAACCCUUCCCUGGAAAACAAAGGCUUUUUUUUAGGGGCGGGAGAAAAACAACCCCAAGCAAAACAUCUAUGAUCAGCUGAACUUGCGUAUUUUAUCAUCAGCAGCUAUUUAAAAGUAAGAAUGCCAAACCAAACCUUUGAUCACAUUUCGGUGAUAGAAGCGAGUGACAAAAGACCUGCCAGCAUGAAAGUUAAAACAGCAUUAGUUUGUGCUUUUGUCAUCAUGAUGGUCUUUUUCGUAGUUGAAUCAUCCCACACCCCAAAGGGUAAUCCAAUAGCAAGAAACUGGGGUCCACAAUCAAUGCUGUAUCUCAAGGGAAGAUAUGGUAGAAGAUAUGCUUCGUCUGAUAGUGAAGAACAGUAUUACAAGCUUGACUUGGAUGAUUUGAAUGCAGUUAUGAAAAAUUACCAACAUUCAGCACCACAGAAAUUCCUGAACAUCAGAAGAAAAUGAACAUCUGAAAAAAUGGACAUUGACCACUUGGACUAAUGUUCUAUUUUACUUGCCCUUUGAAUUCCAAACACUGUAAACAAUUUUUAAAGUGUUCCAUUAAUAUAGUUAUGAAUAAUCUUUACACUGUGUGAAAAACUCUAUUAGAUGUGAUUAUUUUGCCAUUCUUUUAAUGAGCGUUGUUUCAACCUAUUCAGCUUACAUUUGAAACUUUUGCAUGUAAUAAGAAUUCCUGGUAGUAACA